GCUGUCACAUUGAUAAUCUCUACUUUAAUUAUCUUAUAUCGUGUGUAAUAACCGAAUUGCCCCGCGUUAUCGGACAAAAAUAGGGCAUUUACAUGCCUAGCCCCGUCCACGCGAGCACUGCCUUCCAAUAAAACAUGCACUCCUUAUUGAAUCUCGCUUCCUAUUGGUCAUAAUCCGUGCCCACUGCUGUCUGUUGGCGCGGUUGUUGAAUAGCCGGGAGGUGAAAAUCAUAAUAAGACGAAGUCAAAAUUCAUUUUUUUGGGAUAUCUGCGGGAGGUUCACAAAAAAUGGAGAAUGGCAGGGCCCAAUUUCCAUUUCCCUACCAACCUUAUAACAUCCAGGAGCAGUUCAUGCAUGCAUUGUACAAAGCACUUGAUCAGGGCAAAGUUGGCAUCUUUGAAAGUCCAACUGGAACGGGCAAGUCUUUGAGUCUGAUAUGUGGAGCUCUGAGCUGGCUCACAGACUAUGAGGACAGGAAGAAGCAGGAGGCAGCUGCUCUGCUUCAGGAAGGAGAAGCAUCUCUUUCCACAUCUACUGCUCAAUCCUCCGUUACCAGCUCCUCAGCAGAGCCUGACUGGAUCACUGAUUUUGUUCAGAAAAAGGCUGAGCGUGAUUUGGUGACAAAGUUGAAGGAGGACGAAUUGAAAAGAAAGAAGAGGGAAGAACGGUUAGAAAUGAUCAGAAACAACGUUCAGCUAAAGUAUGCAAUGAAAAGAAAGAGCGAUGAGGAUGAUGAAGCAUUCAAGUUGCUCAAGCUCAGUAAAGAAGAACAAACAGAGACACAAGGAGAUCAAGAGGAUGAGGAGCUUAUCAUUGCAGAAUACGAGAGUGAUGAUGAGUCAAAGAGCAAAAGCAGAUUCUGUGGGCCUGAAGAUGACGAAGAUGAUGAGCUAAUCGAAGAACAUGUGACUAAGAUUUACUACUGCAGUCGCACUCACUCCCAGCUCGCUCAAUUUGUCCAUGAGGUUCAAAAGAGCCCCUUUAGCAAGGACAUCAGUCUGGUCACACUGGGUUCACGGCAGAAUCUGUGUAUCAACGAGGAGGUGCGUCGCCUGGGCAGCAUCCAGCGCAUUAAUGACCGCUGCAUGGAGAUGCAGAAAAACAAACAUGAGAAGCAGCAUCAUGAAGAGGGUGUGAAACGUAAGCGAGGCCCGGCAAAGAGUGUGUGUCCCUACAAUAAAGCUUCAGCACUGCAGCAGAUGAGGGAUGAAGUUGUGGGAACGGCCCAUGACAUAGAGCAGCUGCUGAAGCUUGGCAGGGAAAUGCAUGCAUGUCCUUACUACGCCACACGCCUGGCUAUUCCCCCUGCACAGUUGGUGGUGUUGCCCUAUCAGAUGGUGCUUCAUGAAGCUACAAGAAGAUCAACAGGGAUCCAGCUGAAGGGACAAAUCGUGAUCAUAGACGAAGCUCACAAUCUUAGUGACACACUUUCCUGUAUACACAGUGCAGAGUUGACUGGAGCACAGCUUUGCCGUGCUCACUCCCAGCUCACCCAGUAUGCUGACCGCUAUAAGAGCAGGCUGAAAGCAAAGAACCUGAUGUACAUCAAACAGAUCCUGUUUGUGGUCGAAGGGCUAGUCCGGGUGCUGGGAGGUAAGGUGGGGCAGAAUCCACAGAGUCAGAUUACACAAACAGGAACAGAGAUGCUGACGAUUAACAACUUCCUCUUCAAGGCUCAGAUCGACAAUAUCAACUUGUUUAAGUUACAGAAAUACUUUGAGAAGAGCAUGAUCAGCAGAAAACUGGGUGGCUUUGUGGAGAAGUACGCAGGUUCAGGGGUGAGCGUGCACACUCAGAGCAGCUCCAACAAAGAGAACCGACGCACAGAGGGCUUAAACCGCUACCUUCAAACACUGCAGACCAACCAGAACACUGCACCGGUUUCUUCACCAGACCAGCAGGGGUCUGCAGAGGCAGACAAAGUGCUGUCUGCAUCUCCCAUGAUGCAGGUGGAGGGUUUCUUUAUGGCUCUCACCAACAGCAACACUGAUGGCAGAGUGGUGGUUCACAGACAAGGUACUUUGUCAGAAGGCAGUGUCAAGUUCCUGUUGUUGAAUCCAGCAGUCCACUUUGCCCAGGUGCUGAAGGAGUGCAGAGCAGUCAUCAUCGCAGGGGGAACUAUGCAGCCUGUUUCAGACUUCAAACAAGAACUACUGUUUUCUGCCGGAGUGGGAGAGGAGCGUAUCACUGAGUUUUCCUGUGGUCAUGUAAUUCCUCCCGAGAACAUUCUCCCCCUUGUCUUGUGCAGCGGGCCGUCUGGCCAGGAGCUGGAUUUUACUUUCCAAAACAGAGACUCUCCACGCAUGAUGGACGAGACAGGGCGCAUCCUCUCCAACAUUUGUAACGUGGUGCCAGGAGGCGUCGUGUGUUUCUUCCCCUCUUAUGAGUACUCGAGGCGGAUCAUUUCUCACUGGGAGGCCAGUGGUGCUCUGACUCGUCUCGCCAACAAAAAGAAGAUCUUCCAGGAGCCAAAGAAGGCCAACCAGGUAGAGCAGGUGCUGAACGACUUCACCCGUUGUAUCCAGAGGUGCGCGCUGGACAGCGGUGGACUCACAGGGGCGUUACUGUUCUCUGUGGUUGGAGGGAAGAUGAGCGAGGGCAUCAAUUUCUCUGAUGAUCUGGGCAGGUGUGUGGUGAUGGUGGGAAUGCCGUAUCCCAACAUCAAAUCCCCAGAGCUGCAGGAAAAGAUGUCCUAUCUGGACAAACACCUGCCUCACAGUGGAGGGAGAAGCCCUGGCCAAGCACUGAUAGAAAAUCUCUGCAUGAAGGCCGUCAAUCAGUCCAUAGGAAGAGCUAUCCGUCACCGUGGUGACUAUUCCUCCAUUGUGCUGUGUGACAAACGUUACUCCAGACCCGCCACGCUCUCUAAACUCCCCACAUGGAUCAAAAGUCGCACCAGCACAUGCACAACCUUUGGGCCUGCUUUUGCUGCGAUGCGGAAGUUCUUCCAGGAAAAAAAGCAGAAGCAGGUGUAGUUUUGCUCCUAAAGGGCUCAACUGACAUCUCCACAUUUUAUCAACUGUACAACUUAAAGACUGGAUCUGGAAGAGCUGGGUGAAGAGGAACUUCAGGGAAAUCCAAUGCAACAGCAGUCACACUGUGAUUUUAGCAAUUCAAGAGAUUGAAAGUAGUCUUAAAUGAAAAAGAUUAUUACAUGGCCUCUGUAAUAAGUCCCAAAUCACAAGAUUGCUGCAGCUUUUUUAAUGUUUUCAUUGUUGAACAUUUUACACCGAUAAGACCUAUGAGUGCCACCGGCUGAAGUUCAGUAGUCAACAAGAGAGGCAGUUUUUCUUUUUGCAGUACUUCAUACUUGCUUAAUAUUACAUUUGACCUUUUAGCUAUUGUCUGCAUCUUGUUCUGUUUUGUACUGGUAACAUACAUACGAAAUGGAGAAUAAUGAAUCCAAGUAUUUGAAUGCAAAAUGCAGACCAUGGCUAAAGUGACAUUAUCAGUUUAUCAGGUUGAUCAGUCUGGAGCAUGUUGCAGAAGAGAAAGCCUCCUCAACAAUUCUUCAAUUCACUAUGUUGAAAUUAAUUACUGAAGCAGCUGCUACUAAGAUAAGCCACAGAACUUGUGUAUGCAUCCAUAUGACUGAUUUAGCCUUGAAGAGGUUUUAAAUAUUUAAAGCAGCGAAUGUUGAGUGUUAUGUAAUGCAAAAAUGCCUUUUAUUUAAUGGAAAUAUGUUAGUGAAAUGCUUCUGUAAUCUCUGUGAAUGUUCAGAUCAUAUCUGCUUGUUUAACUUCAUGAAAAUAUGUUUUACAAUGAAUAUGACAUUAAUAAACUUAUCAUUUGAGCUUCA